AUGCAGCGCGCUCAUUGUGGAAACCGAGGAGGAGGAUGGAAAGUGGUGAUGUGUGCUGCAUCAAGAUAAUUUAUAUUUAAUAACCUAGGGCGACUUGUAGGAUUGCUGCAGUUGCAAGAGACGGUAAAUUAAAAACAACAGCAACCAAAAAGUGAACGUUGUAAAUGUGAAGGUAGAGUGAAGAGGCAGCAGCCAAGGUACUGUUAAGACAUCAGCCACUGGCAGGUCACCGGGCACCACACCAUGGGGAUUUCAGGACUGUUGCCCUUCUUGAAGAAGGCUUCCCAAGGAGCACACCUGAAGGACUUCAAAGGUCAGACGGCUGCUGUAGAUGCUUACUGCUGGCUGCACAAGGGAGCCUUCUCAUGUGCCGACAAGCUGGUGAAGGGAGAGCCUACCAAUGGUCUGAGCUUUCAUUUUUCAGAUAUGUGAUCUAUGUGAUGAAGCAAGUCAGUCUCCUGUUAAGUCAUGGAAUAAAGCCCAUCAUGGUGUUUGAUGGUUGUCACCUUCCUUCCAAAGCAGUCACAGAGACCAAACGAAGAGAAAAUCGUGAAAAAAACCGUAAACAAGCCAAGGAAUUACUGAGGCAGGGAAGAGCUCGCGAGGCUCUUGAACACUUCCGCCGCUGUGUUGAGGUGACGUCUGAGAUGGCCUUUGAAGUCAUCAGUGCUUGUCGAGCAAGGAAUAUUGAUGUUGUCGUUGCACCAUAUGAAGCUGAUGCUCAGCUGGCAUUCCUGAAUCUGAAGGGCAUUGCUCAGGUGGUGAUCACUGAGGACUCAGAUUUGAUUGUCUUUGGUUGCAAAAGUACUCUGUUCAAGUUGGAUAGUAAUGGUGGCUGUGUGUUUGUGGACCAUGAGAAGCUGCAUCUUGCCAUGAACAUUCCUCGAGAUAAGUUUUCCUUUGAGAAGUUCCGCAAUAUAACCAUCCUGUCUGGUUGUGACUACCUUCCCUCUUUGCCAGGCAUUGGACUGGUAAAGGCAUGCAAGUUCUUCAGUGUUACUGCUAACACAGACAUCUAUAAUGUCCUGAGCAAACUGCCUUCCUACUUGAAUAUGCCAAACCUGGAGGUCACUCAGGAGUAUCGGGAAAAGUUUAUGCAAGCCAUUAACACCUUCCUCUACCAGUUGGUGUUUGACCCCAUCAGCCAAACUCUCCGUCCCCUCAGUGAUUAUCCCGAUGGCAUGGGGCCCAAUGACUACCCUUAUGCUGGCAAAUUUGUUGGACAUGAGAGAGCACGACAAAUAGCUCUAGGGAAUGUCAACGUUCAGACGGGUGAAGUUGUUGAUCAUUUUGAUCCUGAAAUAUUUAAGCCAACAGAAACCAAGUCAUCCAGCUGGGAGCCAAAGGAAAUAACUGUAAGCACCCACCCAAGUAUAUGGAUUAAGGAGAUUUUUAAGAAAAAAAUUGGGGCUCCCUGUCUUCUUGACCCAGGAAGACCAACAGCCAGUGGAAAGGAAGUCACAGUAGCCAUGCCACUCUUUAACAAAAAGCACACAUUAGAGUCCGAGGAGGAUAAUAUUUCAGAGCAAGAGCUGAAGGAUCUUUAUUCCCAGCCACAGAAACGGAAAAAAAUUGAAGCAUCACCAGAGCCUCUCGAAGAACAACAGGUUGAGAACAUGAACAAAGACCAUAUUACAAAAUUACUUGAUACUGGCUGCCAUACGACGAGUCCAACUGUGCCAUCUAAAGAUGUUGAAAAUCCUGAUGAUUUAGAUAUGAACUUUGUGACACCACCUGAAACAUCUAAGUCAAAAAAUCCAUUUGCCAAAAAACACAUGAGCCCCAAGAAGGUUUGCUUGCCAAACAGCAACUACAGUUCCAUUAAGAAAUUUAGCAAGAUGAAGAAAACAGUUAUGGACUCAAAUAUCAUUGUUCAAAGCAGAUUCUUUUCACCUAACAUUCCUCUCCAAUCAAACAACUCGGAGCUGGAUGUCAAGCCAAACAAUGAAGUGGAUCAGAGUACAAAUAUAUCUUCUGGAGAAAAAGAUCAUGAUUCUGCAAUUAAGGAAUCAGAAUCACUUGAAGAUUCUCCAAGGGGCAUGAGUUCUCCAUUGUCUCCAGUUUUGAAGUCCAAAAGUAUCCAAAAAAGUUCCUUUAUUUGGAAAAGAUUUAGCAAUGUGAACUCUAGUGACUUGAGAGUUCAGAAAAUUCAAGCAAGUGCUGCAGCAUCAAGUACAUUCAAGACAGUUAUUCCAAAAGAUAAGUGUGAACCACCAGCAGUAAGUCAGUCCAAUUCCUUACAAGAUGAAGCCAUACCAUCUGAGGAAAAUGCCUUGAGUCCAGAAAAAAAAUCAGAGGAAGUUAAUUCUAAAUGUGAACUCACCUCAUCACAGACAUCAUUGUGUAGUGAUAUGGAUUCAAUAGAUAAUGAAUCCUUUGGUUUAACACCUUCCUUGCCAUCUUCUCUUGAGAAUUCUACAGUCAUGCCUUUGAAAGAUGCUACAAACUGCCCAUCCAAGUCCUACUGUUAUAAGUCUUCCAUAGGAGAUGCUCAAGAAUCAGUUUCGUAUUUGCAGAAGUCUUCCAUAGGAGAUGCUCAAGAAUCAGUCUCUAUUAAUAAGAGUCAAUGCAGAAACCAAGGAUUGCAACGAACUAAUAAAAGUAAAGAAGCUGGCAAGAAGCAGCUAAGCCUGACUGAUAUGUUCAGCUUCAAAAGAGACGGACGAAAACUCCAGCUGCCUAAAUCUCCAUCAUGAAGGCUUGGUCUGUUAUCCAGCUGAAACUAAAAUUGUAAAUAAUUCUCUCUCUCUCUCUCUCUCUCUCUCUCUCUCUCUCUCUCUCUCUCUCUCUCUCUCUCUCUCUCUCAAGGGACAUUGAAAAAAAACAUAACCUGCAGCCUUUCUCAGUCAUGUCAUAACUAUGUGGUAAUUUUUACAAAGUAGGUUAUAACCAACUAGUUUAAGUCUACAGCAUUGACUGCUUUAUUGAACAUGUACUUUGUGUUUUUGUAUUUUAUUGUGAGGAAACAUUGUUCUUCAUUUGACUAUAUUAAGGUGGGCGUCCAGUUUAGAUACCAAAAAAAAAUUGAAAAAUAAUACUUUUUGUGGAAAAAAAAAUGUGGUAGAUAUACGUUAGCUAUUAUAUCACAAAGUUUUAUGGCGAAAAGUGCAUUGGUUCCAUUUAAAUGCCAUUUAAUGGUCCCGUACUCAACCACAUGCAUGUGUUUACAUUAGCAGGAUUUUUUUUUUUUUUUUUUUUUUUUUUUUUAACUAAGAAAAAAAGGCAAAAAUCUUAACUUUUUUUGGUGGACAUGACACGGCAACACUGAAAAUCUAUGCGUGGUGUCAGUCAAGGCACCAGUGAGACUCAGUAGGGGGAAAGCUAUCAGAGAAAGAGGUUGUUGCUGCGUCUCUCACUCUGCUACACAGAACGUAAUUUAGUUACUGCAUCCUGCUUUUCACCUACUGCCAACCAUGGGAUGGGUGUUUAAGAGGAAUAAGCAGAGGAAGGACACUUAGAAUAUUCUGAGUAUGGAAGUCAAAGAAUAAAAAGAGCGUGUUGAACCCGACACCUCAAAUGCUCCAAUACACAUCCUCGUGUCGCCCACCACCACCGCCACACCACAUCUCACGCAGAACAAAGACAAGGAAAUAAAGAAGAAAAGGUCCCAUUAUCACAAUUAGAGAAGAUCAUUUACAAAAUAUUGAGAAAGGAAAAGAUGUGGAAAAUGAUGACGAGCUUGUCAUGCUGAUGAAAAGGAGGCCGAAAAAUCUCCUGCCUUUGACUACAGUUUGGAGCCUGAUAUAUACGAGAACACCAUAACCAUGCAGCUUCAAGAACACAUCACAACCAGUAAAAGUGGGAGCUGGACGUCAGAAGAAAAGCCUCUUCAGGAUCAACAUAUUAUUGACAGGAGGGGACUACAUCUAAUUGUAUUAUGAGAUUGUAGAUGAUAAAAAGAACAUGUAGUAAACCUGAAUAAACUUCCUAGUGUGUUAUAACGAGGUCGAGAUCGAUCGAUAAACUUUAUUGGUCCGUAUCUCAAAACAUAAGUUAUUCUCCUUCUAAAAUCUAUUUUAAAGUCAAUUUUAGCUGGAUUUCAAUUAAACAAACUAAAAAGGAGAAUACUACUACUUCUAUCAAUUCACAUCGCUAUUGUUUUUAUAUAUGUGACCUGGAAUUUUGUAUUAUUUUUUGUCAAAAAAAAAAAAAUUCAUAAAACAGCCUAACAAAGUGGAAACCUUUCUUAUUAUAACGUGUCUUUGCCACAGGAAAAUGAAGGUUAUGGAGCAAAUAAUAACCCCAGAAUAACACUCAUAAGUUUUAGUUGCAAUUAUAAUUGCAUGGCAGGGUUGGGGACUAGAAUGGGGAUGAAUGUCUAAUAUUGAUGUACAUGUUCCCAAUACUUCAUAACAUAAAAAUCAGAGCGUUUCAUGCAUAUUUACCAAAGAUAUGACAACACCAAUUUAAACCGGACGCUCCCCUUAAAGGAGGUUUCUAGAAUUUAUCAGUAUUUUCUAAAGAUGUGACUGUUCUUCAAUCUGCAUCUUGUGUAAUCUCAAAAUAUAUUUGUUUACAUUUUCAGGAAAGUACAGGUCUUCAUUCUCACUCAGUCUCCUGAAAUUAUAUGUUUUAGACCAUAAGAUGUCUUUAGCAUUAAUAAACAAUCAAACCUUAUAAAGAAAAUACUGAUGGUGUAUGAAACUUCUUAACAAACAACUAUUUAAGAAAUAAUGCUCCUUUCCCCUUGAAAUUAGAAAAAAUUUAAUAUAAAUAAAACUAUGCAGCCAAUGCUGUAGACUUCAAUAUGACACACAAAAACACCAUUCAAGUGCACACAGAGAAGAGUAAGAAUUAUGACUGAUACCUUUUAUUACCUCAAGCAUCCAUACCAGUGAAGAUAUUCCAGAUUAAUCUGGUUCAUGUUCAAUGUCAUAUAAUUUUAUGUUUUAAUUAUCAUAAUGGCACAUAAAACUCCCUAUAUAUUAUGUGGCUAAUGACAAGGGGUGGGGUAAUACAGGGCAUUAAAACACACCCUGUAGGAUAAGGCACAGUGUUCAGGUGCACUGCUUCUGUACUGAGAUUUGACUCAAGAGAUAACAGUGCUUCUGUAAUGAGAUUGACUCAAAAGGAUUAGUCAAGUCAAUUAAAAGACUUUUUUUGUAAUCUUUACAUUAUUUUGCUCACAUUAAUAGAGUAAAGCACCAUUAUUGUCAUCCAUUGAAAGGAAGUUUUUUUUUCAGCAUUGUAUUUGUAAAGGAAACAUGGCACAAAGUAGCCAGCUUCGAGAUAAAAGGGCAUAGAGUACAUGUGAAUCACAGUAUACAAUUACUAGAUUCUUGAAUUGUGAAAGGUGUGACAACCUUCAUAAGCACAGUCAGAAGAAUGCUUUUACCACAGUAUUUCACGUGAAUCAUUGUAUGUAAACUGGAAGAACUGGAAAUCCCUCUCCGGAUUUUCAUUCCUACACUAAGACAUGACUUUACUUCGAAGCAUGAUACUGUUAUAAAUUAAGAAAAAUAAGUCUAGUCUUUGACCCAGAUUUACAAAAGUAGAAUUUAUAUUUACAAAAACUAAUACUACUUCAUAAAGCAUUGCAAAAAAGCAUUAAGUAAAAAAGUAAAAAUAAUCUCCAGUAAAUCCAAAUUUACAAUUGAUUUAAAGAAAUGUAAUUUGUUUGUAAACUGUUUCAUCUGCAUGUCUCCAUUCCUGUAUGUAUUGUUAAGGACAACUUAAAGGUACAGACCCAGUGGACUGGGGAUCCUCAUCCUAUAAUGAUGACAACAUAAAAAGUGUGGGAUGAUUCACAUUUUCCCAAGCCUUAAUGUAAACUUUAAAUUAUUCCUCCCUUGAAGGGACUCAUCACCUUGAUAUAUAAAUAGAUGAACAUUACACCUUCA